AUGAACCCUCCUUCGGGGCCGAGAGUCCCGCCGGGCCCAGCCCAGGAGCCCAGCUGCAUGGCCACCCCAGCCUCCCCCAGCAGGUGGGAGAGCUCCCGGAGCAGCGCCUCCAGCCUGGACCACCCUCCGCCCAUCAGCCCCACGGCCGCCAGGGCUCAGGCUGCUGCCUGGGUCCCCUUCCCCACGGUCGAUGUUCCAGACCACGCCCACUACACCCUGGGCACUGUGAUCCUGCUGGUGGGGCUCACGGGGAUGCUGGGCAAUCUGACGGUCAUCUAUACCUUCUGCAGAUGUGAUUUACUUCCUGGAGUCAAUGUGAUGAUUAAGAGCAGAGGCCUCAGGACACCUGCCAACAUCUUCAUUAUCAACCUCGCAGUCAGCGACUUCCUCAUGUCCUUCACCCAGGCCCCCGUCUUCUUCGCCAGCAGCCUCUAUAAGCAGUGGCUCUUUGGGGAAGCAGGCUGUGAAUUCUAUGCCUUCUGUGGGGCUCUCUUUGGCAUCACCUCCAUGAUUACCCUGACGGCCAUCGCCCUGGACCGCUACCUGGUGAUCACGCGCCCACUGGCCACCGUCGGGAUGGUGUCCAAGAGGCGGGCGGCGCUUGUCCUGCUGGGCGUCUGGCUCUAUGCCCUGGCUUGGAGUCUGCCACCCUUCUUUGGCUGGAGUGCCUACGUGCCCGAGGGGCUGCUGACCUCUUGCUCCUGGGACUACAUGAGCUUCACGCCGUCAGUGCGCGCCUACACCAUGCUGCUCUUCUGCUUCGUGUUCUUCCUGCCCCUGCUCGUCAUCGUCUACUGCUACAUCUUCAUCUUCAAGGCCAUCCGGGAGACAGGCCGAUCUCUCCAGACAUUCAGGGCCUGCGAGGGCAGUGGUGAGUGCCCCCGGCAACGGCAGCGGCUGCAAAAUGAAUGGAAAAUGGCCAAGAUCGAGCUGCUGGUCAUCCUUCUCUUUGUGCUCUCCUGGGCCCCCUACUCCACUGUGGCCCUGCUGGGCUUUGCUGGGUACGCACAUGUCCUGACGCCCUACAUGAACUCGGUGCCAGCUGUCAUCGCCAAGGCCUCUGCCAUCUACAACCCCAUCAUCUACGCCAUCACGCACCCCAAGUACAGAAUGGCCAUCGCCCAGCACCUGCCCUGCCUGGGGGUGCUGCUGGGCGUGUCGGGUCAGCGCACUGGCCCAUACACCAGCUACCGCACCACCCACCGCUCCACACUGAGCAGCCAGGCCUCGGACUUCAGCUGGAUCUCCGGACGGAGGCGUCAGGCAUCCCUGGGUUCCGAGAGCGAGGUGGGCUGGACAGACACGGAGGCCACUGCUGCUUGGGGGCCUGCCCAUCAAGUGAGUGGAUGGUCCCCCUGCGGUCAGGGCCUGAAGGAUGUGGAAGCCAAGAGCCCUCCCAGGCCCCAGGGACAGGAAGCAGAGGCUCUCGGGAAGACCAAGGGGCUGCUCCCCAGCCUGGACCCCAGGAUGUAGCGUGCCCAUCAGCUCUGCCUUCCUCCUGGGACACGUCCAGCCCCCUCAGGUCCCCCUCACACACACAGACCCAGGAUUACCCUGUGGGCCUGGGGGCUUUGGAAGUGGACUUGUCACCCAUGCUGUGCUGGAUUCAUGGCCACAUCCCACACGUCCCUGCUCUGCAAAGCGGUCUGCACCCCACUUCUCAGCUCAACAAGCUGCACCCCAGGCUCAGUCUGAAGAGUGGACACCCUCCCGUUGCCUGCAGUCAUCCGCCUCUCCUCAAAUGCUGUGUGCUGCCAUUGUCCAAGUGAUGACAAUGGCGAUGGCUCCGGGGGACACAGCCAGCUG